GUGAAAUGCAAUUGUGGUCACGCUGCUCUCAACCGAAAUAUCGGAUCGGGUUGCAGAAUUUGCAAUUUCAAUACUCAAAUUAAUAUAAUGUUUGAUUUGCACUGAAUACAAUUGGUGUGCCCAAUCAUGAGUGCUAGCAUUGUGCAGUACUUCGGACCACAGACAAGCAAAUGUGGCUACUGCACGGGAAUAGAGUGCAGCAAGUCUCACGGAAUGCAUGCCUAUCGUUUGUCCUGUGAUGACUACCAAGAGCUGAUCGACAGGGGUUGGCGGCGUUGCGGCAAUUACUGUUAUAAGCCGCGAAACGACGUCACCUGCUGUCCAUGCUACACGAUCAAAUGUGAUGCACUGGAGUUCAAGCUAACUAAGUCCAAUAAAAAAAUCUUGAGGCGCAUGAAUAAAUUCUUACGUAAUGGCAAACGUGAGUUGAGUGAGCACCCCGAGCAGCAAUCGAAAACCGAUGAUGGAGAUGGCGAUGGGGAUGACUUAAUUAUACCAAGCGAGCCACAUCCUCAGCUGCCUGAUAAGAAACCGUCAGUCAUCGAUGUAGCACAUGUGGAGACUUUGGCGCAGGCACGUUCAACGCAACAAAAGACUGCAGUUUCCCACGAAGUUGGAAAUGAUGGCAAGAUAGCAGGAGAUGGUGACCAAUCAACGGCCUCAAAAAAAUUUUCCAGCUCAAAUCCACCAUGUGCUAAGAAAAAAAAGCAAAUGCGCUUGGAGCGCAGGCAGGCCAAGUCAUGUCCGCCCAAGGAGCCUAAGGUGACGCAGGAGAAAAGUCUAAGAGAUUUUUUGACAUCAACGAGUGACAGUGACAAACAUCAGUUAAAGCUGAGUUUGGUACACGUCGAUGGAGAGGAGUUUAAGCGUACGCUGCCGCAAAGCUAUGAGCUCUAUAAGAAGUAUCAGAUUGUCAUACACAAUGAUCCGCCAAGGGAUCAGAAAGCUUACAAGGACCAUCUGCAACAGACGCCCAUGAAGCACCAAAAGUCGGAAGACACUCCAGACAUGGGAUAUGGAUCGUUUCAUCAGCAAUAUUGGUUGGACGAUAAGCUGAUAGCUGUGGGAGUCAUCGAUAUAUUACCUGGUUCGGUCAGUUCAGUGUACUUUUUCUACGAUCCCGACUAUAGUUUUCUGUCUUUGGGCACCUAUGGAUCUUUGAGAGAAAUUGAUUUGGUGCAGACGAUUGCCGAGCGAAUGCCCUCUUUAAAGUAUUACUAUAUGGGCUUUUAUAUUCACUCAUGCACCAAAAUGCGGUACAAAGGGAAAUUAUCGGCCUCUUAUUUACUCUGCCCAGAGACUUAUAUUUGGGUGCCUUUAACCGAUGAUAUACGAAAUAAACUUGAUACGAGGAAAUAUCAACGUUUGAAUCCGGUUGCAGCUGAUAAAGAUGCGAAUGAAUUUGUGAAUCAGCAUGUAAACGAUGUACAACUUUUGCUCGAUGCUAGGACUUGUAUAACUUAUCAGCGAUUUGUUCAGAUGAUUGGUGACUACACUGGUCGCGACGCAAUCAUGGAAUAUGGCGAACUGGUUGGAAAGGUGUGUGCGCACCGAAUGAUCUAUGUGAGCAUGUCAUGAGCAAUGAAAUUCAUUGAUGCAAACUUAAUUCGUUUAUAAUUCUAUUAAGCUUUAAGCCUUAGCAAAGUAGUUCAAAAUUGUGUCAUUCAAAUGUAAUUUCUUUAUUUUCCGUUGAGCCUAGUAAAUAUGUAUGCACGAUCAGGUUUUUAAAAUCAACCUAAACAAAAUAAAUAUUAUAAAAUGUUGA